CCCCUGGGGUUGGGAGUUCUUAAAGUUUAGCAAGUCUGCAAAUAACUACAGAACACAAUAGAGUCCCCCUCCCUUCCUCUCUCUCUUGCUCUCUCUUUCUCUCUCUCUCUCUUUUUUUUUUUUUUUUUCUUUUCCUGCUUCCAAACGCCUCCUUCGAGGCUGAAGCUGGGCAGGUCUCCAAAGGUGCAGCAGCCACAACAAUCCCGCAGUUCAAAGUGAGGCAGCAGUUGCACAACUUCUAGCAACUCUCUUAGCCGGCUGCGAAUGAGCUGAAAGCCAGGAACCUUUGGAGGAGGUGAAGAGGAAACUUUCAAUCCUCUUCUUUUCACCGAGAAAUCCGGAUACCCACCCCCACCCGCAUCUCCUGAUAACUUUGAGAUAAGACCCUUUCUCUUCGCUGGCCUGGUGGACCAUGGCUCCCUUCGGAAGAAACUUGCUAAAGACUCGGCAUAAAAACAAAUCUCCCACUAAAGACAUGGAUUCAGAAGAGAAGGAAAUUGUGGUUUGGGUUUGCCAAGAAGAGAAGAUUGUCUGUGGGUUAACUAAACGCACCACCGCUGCUGAUGUCAUCCAGGCUUUGCUUGAGGAACACGAGGCUACAUUUGGAGAGAAACGAUUUCUGCUGGGGAAGCCCAGUGAUUACUGCAUCAUAGAAAAGUGGAGGGGUUCAGAGCGGGCUCUUCCUCCACUAACUAGAAUCCUGAAGCUUUGGAAAGCCUGGGGAGAUGAGCAGCCCAAUAUGCAGUUUGUCUUGGUUAAAGCAGAUGCUUUUCUGCCAGCUCCAUUGUGGAGGACAGCUGAAGCCAAAUUAGUGCAAAACACGGAAAAAGUAUGGGAACUCAGUCCAGCAAAUUACAUGAAGACAUUACCACCAGAUAAGCAAAAAAGAAUAGUCAGAAAAACUUUCCGGAAACUGGCUAAAAUUAAGCAGGACACAGUUUCCCAUGACCGAGAUAGCAUGGAGACCUUAGUUCAUCUGAUUAUUUCCCAGGACCACACCAUUCAUCAGCAGGUCAAGAGAAUGAAAGAGCUGGAUCUGGAAAUUGAGAAGUGUGAAGCUAAGUUCCACCUGGAUAGGAUAGAAAAUGAUGGAGAAAAUUAUGUCCAAGAUGCAUAUUUAAUGCCCAGUUUUGGUGAAAUUGAGCAGAAGCUGGACUUGCCUUCCGAUGAAAACCAGAGUCUGGACGACCUGACUGAAAGUGAUGGAAUUGGACACCUGGAGGAGAGAUUAGUGUAUUACAGAAUGCUCAUCGAUAAGCUCUCUGCUGAAAUAGAAAAAGAGGUAAAAAGUGUUUGCACAGAGAUAAAUGAAGAUGCGGAAGGGGCCGCUGCAAGUGAGCUUGAAAGCUCUAAUUUAGAAAAUGUUAAGUGUGAUUUGGAGAAAAGCAUGAAAGCUGGUUUGAAAAUUCACUCUCACUUGAGUGGCGUCCAGAAAGAGAUUAAAUACACUGACUCAUUGCUUCAGAUGAAAGCAAAAGAGUAUGAAUUCCUGGCCAAGGAGCUCAAUUCACUGCAUAUUAGCAACAAAGAUGGAUGCCAACUAAAGGAAAACAGAGGGAAGGAAUCUGAGGGCCCCAGCAGCAGUGGGGAGGUUCCUUCCUUGACUCAAAGAGUAUUUAACUUGUAUACAAAUGACACAGACUCGGACACUGGUAUCAGCUCUAACCACAGUCAGGACUCGGAAAUAACUGGAGGAGACGUGGUGCUAUUGUCAACAUAAUUUGAAUGUCUUGUUUCUGACCUACUUUAACGUUCAUGUUUGUUUAAUAGGAAAGUUUAUUUUAAAUAUCACAUUCUGAAAAAUGAUGUAAAUCAUGUUGGGUAUCCAGGAGUUAGUAAAAACGAGAGAAAGUUUAUUUUUGAUUUAAAAGUUCCAAAGUCACCUAAUUAUUACAAGUUCAGACGAGGAGAUGUUUAUUAGGAAUGCAAUGCAAAUAGCUUGCAGGUGUCUAACAGAAAUGAUUUGAUGGGAAUUACCAUCUCUUAGAGCUUCUGUGAGAAAUGAUUUACACAAACAAAACUAAUUCUUAAUAUUGCAGUCAAUGUAUUGAAACUAGACACAUGAACAAGUAAAAUUAAAAAUGUGCUGUGAUAUAUUUUUAUAUCAUUGGAAUUUUUAAGUCUGUAAUGUACAUGACAAUUAUGCUGUUAUAACUGUAUUAAUUCAGGUCUUGGUUCUUCUCAUUGAUACUUAGAAUGUACAUCAUCUCUGAGACUUUCUGAACCCCUCUGCUUGUUUAGACCCAGACAACAGAAAGCGGGAAGGGCUCCCAGUGGGACAUGUGCAAAUACUAGCAGUGGAUUGGGUGGAGGUAUAGAUAAGAAAGGGCCAAGGGCUACAUACAACAGCAAUUUUUCUAAAAAUGGCUAAAGUUAUUAAGACUUAUGCCUGGGCUUUCUCUGACAAAGCAAAUCUUCUGAUCAGACAAAUGGCCUCUGCAGGUUUGUUUUUUGAGUGAGGUAUGAUGUGGGCUACAGAGAAAAUCACAGGGUCACAGUCCUGUUUAUUUACACCCUGUUCAAAAACAGCCUCCUAUAAAGGCAACUUGGUGUCCUUUUUUUGGGUAAAAUAGAGUUCUGCAUACCCUAAGUAUUAGCAUUUUGCCUUUUAACCUACAGAGAGGAACUUACAUGGACAAAAAUCUUUUAUUCUUUUACACUGGAAUUCAGUUGGUCUCUGUAGAACUUCAUCUAAGGUACAAACUAAAAAAAAAAAAAAAAGUACUAAGUGUACUAACUCUAACUCCUACUCCUUCCCCAAGGUUGCUAGUAACUAAUCAACAAAUUGAGAGACUAUUUAGAUCCUACCUUGACUGACACUUAUUACAGUGCUGGACGAGGCUUGGUUUUGCCUGGUGCUUAGUUAGGACAUAUUCCAACCUCUCUCCUUUCUUUGUUUCUUGCCAGAGAACAUGUGAUGUAAUCAUAUUGUAAACAAUUCGUUUUAUUGUUUUAUUGUACUGUUAAAUAAAUACCACUGUGGUUUAUUUUUUUCUUUAGCUGACACUUUUCCUGUAUGUCAGCACACAUGUAAGAAUAUUAUUUUACUUAGUUUUAAUAUGUGGAUAUUGGUGAAGAUUUCAGUAUUUAUAAUUCCCUUUUAUUCCCAUGCUUACUAUAGUGCAUGUUUUAACUGAGUUUCUUAAGCUAGUUUUUCAUUUCUCUAAUCCCCAGGCUUUUCACCAAUAUUUGGGAAGAUAUUUAGGACGAUUUAGUAUUUCACUUUGGAGAGCCUCUGUGUUAUCACUUCUAGCACCAAGAUAAUGCUCAAGGCUUUAGUUGAAAUUGGCUGGUAAAGAAAGUAGAAAUUUCCAUUUCAGGGAAAAUAAAGUGAAAAAGAGUAAAUAAUAAUGGUAACAUGGAUUGAAUUUAAAAAAAAAAAAAA